UGGGCCCAGUGGAGCCUGGCACACUUCCGGGACGUGGGGCGCCUCUCCCGUAAUAUUUCCCCUCCGCUCUUCCAACAGAAUUUGUCUUGCCACUUGGGAUUCAGGACGAACCGCCUGUCCCAGGGGCCUGUGCGCUUGUCGAGAAGGCAGCAUUCGCCUCCGCGGUCCUCUGGAGGGGCGUUGGAGGAGGGGGCGACGGAUAUAGGGACUCGCGGCCCUGUGUGGGAAUGAUCCACGAACUGCUCUUGGCUCUGAGCGGGUACCCAGGGUCCAUUUUCACAUGGAACAAGCGGAGUGGCCUCCAGGUGUCACAGGACUUCCCAUUUCUCCAUCCCAGUGAAACCAGCGUCCUGAAUCGACUCUGCCGGCUGGGCACAGACUAUAUUCGCUUCACCGAGUUCAUUGAACAGUACACGGGUCAUGUGCAGCAACAGGAUCACCAUCCAUCUCAGCAGGGCCAAGGUGGGUUACAUGGAAUCUACCUAAGGGCCUUCUGCACAGGGCUGGAUUCGGUUUUGCAACCGUAUCGCCAAGCACUGCUUGAUCUGGAACAAGAGUUCCUGGCUGACCCCCAUCUUUCCAUAUCACAUGUCAAUUACUCCUUGGAUCAGUUCCAGCUCCUUUUUCCCUCUGUAAUGGUUGUGGUAGAACAAAUUAAAAGUCAAAAGAUUCAUGGUUGUCAAAUCCUGGAAACAGUAUACAAACACAGCUGUGGAGGUUUGCCUCCUGUUCGCAGUGCACUAGAAAAGAUCCUGGCCGUGUGUCAUGGGGUCAUGUAUAAGCAGCUCUCCGCCUGGAUGCUACAUGGACUCCUCCUGGACCAGCACGAAGAGUUCUUUAUCAAACAGGGUCCCUCUUCUGGUAAUGUCAGUGCCCAGCCAGAAGAGGAUGAGGAGGAUCUGGGCAUUGGGGGACUGACAGGAAAACAGUUGAGAGAACUCCAGGACUUGCGCCUGAUAGAGGAAGAGAACAUGCUGGCACCGUCUCUAAAGCAGUUUUCCUUACGAGUGGAGAUUUUGCCAUCCUACAUUCCAGUGAGGGUUGCUGAAAAAAUUCUGUUUGUCGGAGAAUCUGUCCAGAUGUUUGAGAAUCAAAAUGUAAACCUGACUAGGAAAGGAUCCAUAUUGAAGAACCAGGAGGACACUUUUGCUGCAGAGUUACAUCGGCUCAAACAGCAGCCGCUCUUCAGCCUCGUGGAUUUCGAGCAGGUGGUGGAUCGUAUUCGCAGUACCGUGGCCGAGCAUCUCUGGAAGCUGAUGGUGGAAGAAUCAGAUUUACUGGGUCAGCUGAAGAUCAUUAAAGAUUUUUACCUUCUGGGACGUGGAGAACUGUUUCAGGCCUUCAUUGACACAGCUCAACACAUGUUAAAAACACCACCCACUGCAGUAACUGAACAUGAUGUGAAUGUGGCCUUCCAGCAGUCCGCACACAAGGUCCUGCUGGACGAUGACAACCUUCUCCCUCUGCUGCACUUGACAAUCGAGUAUCACGGAAAGGAGCAUAAAGAUGCUGCUCAGGGAAGAGAAGGGCCUUCUCGGGAAACUUCUCCCCGGGAAGCCCCUGCAUCUGGCUGGGCAGCCCUAGGUCUCUCCUACAAAGUGCAGUGGCCACUGCACAUUCUCUUCACCCCUGCUGUUCUGGAAAAGUACAAUGUUGUUUUCAAGUACUUACUGAGCGUACGCCGGGUGCAGGCUGAGCUGCAGCACUGCUGGGCCCUACAGAUGCAGCGCAAGCACCUCAAGUCCAACCAGACCGACGCAGUCAAGUGGCGCCUAAGAAAUCACAUGGCAUUCUUGGUGGAUAAUCUUCAGUACUAUCUCCAGGUGGAUGUGCUGGAGUCUCAGUUCUCACAGCUGCUACAUCAGAUCAAUUCUACCCGCGACUUUGAAAGCAUCCGAUUGGCUCACGACCACUUCCUUAGCAAUUUGCUGGCUCAGUCCUUUAUCUUGUUGAAACCUGUGUUUCACUGCCUGAACGAAAUCCUAGAUCUCUGUCACAGCUUUUGCUCGCUGGUCAGUCAGAACCUGGGCCCACUGGAUGAACGUGGGGCUGCCCAGCUGAGCAUCCUGGUGAAGGGCUUUAGCCGCCAGUCUUCACUGCUAUUCAAGAUUCUCUCCAGUGUUCGGAACCAUCAGAUCAACUCAGAUUUGGCUCAACUACUCUUACGACUAGAUUAUAACAAAUAUUACACCCAGGCUGGCGGAACUCUGGGCAGGUAG